GCGCAAGACUCCCCGGAGUUCCUGGCCGAGGACGUCGGCCCUACGAUCAUUGCGACUGCGUCUUUGAUGAUGAUUUUCUGCACGCUCUUUGUUGGACUGAGAUACUGGGCGCGAUACUUAACCCAGACGAGAUUCGGAGCCGAAGAUGUAAUUAUACCCUUCGCCUGGCUGGCGGAGAUGGGUUUGUGCGUUGUGGGUAUUGUAAUGGUCAAGAAGGCGGGAACAGGUCGUCAUAUGGACUACAUCCUUAUGACUGACCCCGGAAAAAUCACCGAACACUACAAGGGGAUCAUGAUUAACGAAGUCCUACACCCAGCCGCGGUCGCCUUCCCAAAACUUGUCGUGGUCCUCUUGUUCCUGCGAGUCUUCACCAACAGGCUGGAACGAUAUGCCGCCUGGACUCUAGUCGCUGCAGUUGGCGCAACCUGGUUCUCCUUCACAGUUGCCUCUUGCUUCCAGUGCACGCCGUUUGCUUAUAACUGGGACAAGACCAUUCCUGGGGGAAAGUGCUUCAACGUCAUCGCCUUCGCAUACAGCAGCAGUGUGCCGAACAUUGUGACCGACGUUGCGGUUCUGUUCUUGCCAAUUAGGACGGUUUUAGAUUUAAAGGUUUCGAUAGGGAGGAGAAUUGGACUGCUGCUUAUCUUCCUCACCGGCAGCAUCGGAAUCAUCGCUUCCAUCAUCCGCACGGUAGUCUUCGCUCGCACCGACCCUCUUGUGGACAUUACCUUCACAAACACCGCCCUCGUAAACUGGACAAUCAUAGAACCUGGCAUGUACCUUCUAGCCGCUUGCGCCCUGUCCUUUAAACCUCUCUUCCGCAUGGUCGCCAAAGCCCUCCGUCUCCAAUCGCUCAUCACGCACACGAAAUCUGCCCUCGGCCGUACAACGCACACC